AUGAAGUUCUUCGCCACGAUCCUCGUUGCUGCUGCCAUCGCCUCGCAGGGCCUUGCGGCUGACACUACCACCACAGCCACAACGACGACGACGGCGACGACCGCGCCUGCCACAGCCACGACCACACCGGCCACGGCGACGACGACAGCUACAACCACCACUACGACCGCUGCUACUACGACGGCGCCUGCAGUGACGACUGCAGUGACGACUGCUCCUGCAGCUGCUACGACUGCUACAGCGACGGCUGCCCCGGCGGCGACGGACGCCCCGGUGGACACCCCCGCCACGACCAACUCGACCACGACGGAUGAGACCGACGCGCCGGUGGACGUCACCGAUACGACGGACGUCACCGACGACUCGACCGGUUUCGACGAGACGUCGGAUGAGGCGGACAGCACGAGCGAGUCCGGCGUUGACGACACCACCGACGAGACGAAUGAAACCAGCACCGUCGACAAUGGCCCGGGCGUGUCUAGCGGGUCGAGUGCGGGCACCACCAACGUGGGGGACACGUCCAAGUCGACUGCAGGCUCGACGACCUCAUCAUCGGCAUCGGGAAGUAGCGCUGCUAUCAGCAGCCAGUCGAUCACGCUGCUGUCCGUUGCGUCUGCUGUCGUUGCUACCACGGUCGCCACCCUCUUCUAA